AUGCAAGAUCAAGGUUCAAUUAGUAGUCGAUUAUCUCAGCGUGCUUUGGAUAGUUUAGCAGCACCAGUACCAUUACGCGCCAAAUUGAUUCGGGCAUUACCUGAACUUUAUCAUCCAACUUUGAAUCCUACUGGUGCCAUCAAUAUGGGACUAGCUCACAAUGAUCUUAUGCAAAAGGAUAUAAUGGAAAAGCUAUCAACUUGUUUGGAAUUUCAGACUUCGGAUUUGGAAUAUGGAGAUCCUCAUGGAUCAAGGGUAUUACGUGGAUUAGUAGCUGAUUUAAUGAAUCGACAUUUCAAUCCGGUGAUUCCUUUACAUUUUCGCAAUAUUACCGUGGUACCUGGAGCUGGUGCAGCUGUAUGGCAACUAGUACAAUCAUUGGCUGAUCCUGGAGAUAGUGUGAUGGUGCUGGCACCUUAUUAUGGUAACUUUGAUUUGGAUGUAUGUGUCAGUACAGGUGUCAAAUUGAUUCCUAUUUAUCCUCAUCAUUCUAUGGAUGGUGGUAUUGAUAUGGAUUUGCUGAAUUCUACAAAGAUAAUUGGUACAAAAUGCAAAGUUUUAUUGAUUACCAAUCCACGGAAUCCUCAUGGCUGUUGUUAUUCUGUAAAGGAUAUGAAACAUUUAUUGACAUUUGCAUCAAAACAUUCCUUGCAUGUGAUUUUUGAUGAAGUAUAUGGAUUAUCGACAUUUAAUCCAAUUCCUGGAACAGAAUCAAGUUUAUUUGAACCUUUUACUUCGGUGCUUAGCAUUGCUAAUAUUGAACAAUGGAUUGCUCCUCAAUUGGUACAUGUAGUUUAUGGUAUGUCUAAAGACUUUUGUUUGAAUGGAUUACGACUUGGUUUUAUAGUAGAUCAGUACAAUGCUGAUUUAAGGUCUGCUGUUACUCUUAGUUCUAUGUUUGGAUAUAUGUCUACAUUGAAUGAUCGACUUGUUUGUAAUUUAUUAAAAGACACAACUUGGAUAGAUUGGUUUGUCAAUACGAAUCGACAAAGACUUUAUAAAGCUUAUGAAUUAACAACCAAGUAUUUGGAACAAUUGGGUAUUGAAUACAUUCCAUCUGGGGUCGGUCCUUUUAUAGUAGUCAAGAUUGAUCGGUUAUUCAAGAAUCACGGGCAAGAAAUUAGUUUUGAAAUAGAAGAAGCGAUUUGGGAAACAGCAUUACUAAAUGGUGUAUAUAUAGCACAAGGAUAUGUUUUUCAUUGUUUGGAACCUGGUUAUUUUAGAUUGACUUAUAGUUUAGAAUGGGAUCAUAACAACUUGCAUAUGUUGUGGGGCACAAGUUGA